AUGACAUCUGCACAAGUGAAAAGAAAUGUCUUGCAACAAAUUGAUGGAUUUUUGCAAUCCAUGGGAAAAAGUAUACAUUCAUAUAAUUUGAUUCCUAUUGGAUUCUCUUAUGAAAAUAUAGAGAAUGAAACUCGAGAAUUAAGAGCAGAAAGAAACAUUGUCAUUUCAGAAACUGACUUAAAUUCAAUUCAGCUACUCAAUGAAAAACAGAAAAAAGCAUUUGUAGUCAUAUCUGAGAGAAUUUACUCAGAUAGACCUGGUGUUUUUUUCAUUAACGGUCCAGGUGGUACUGGAAAAACAUUUCUGUAUAGAGCUUUGUUAGCUGAUGUUAGAUCUAAAGGUUAUCUUGCUCUUGCUACAGCUACAUCCGGAAUUGCAGCUUCCAUUUUACCAGGUGGAAGGACUGCACAUUUCAGAUUUAAAUUUCUAAUAGAUAUCUUUGAUGGUGCAACAAGUCGGGUCAGUAAACAAACUUCUUUAGCUGCAAUGAUCAAGGAAGCAAAGCUUAUAAUCUGGGAUGAAGCACUAAUGUCUAAAAAGGCAGCAAUUGAAGCUUUAGAUGAUCUCUUAAGAGAUUUAAUGAAUUCAGAAGAAAUAUUUGGGGGAAAGGUAGUUGUACUUGGUGGAGAUUUUAGACAAACAUUACCAGUUGUUAGAAAAGGAACAAAAGCUGAAAUGAUAAAUGCAUGUUUGAUAAAUUCUCCAUUAUGGCACAAAUUAGAGAAAUUGCAAUUAACAGAGAACAUGAGAGCAAAAUUAGAUCCUUCAUUCACGCAGUUUCUCUUAAAAAUUGGAGAUGGAACACAGGAAACAGAUGAGAAUGACAUAGUAAAACUUCCAUCUUCAAUUGUAGUUAACUAUAAUAAUGAGACUGAUGCAAUUGAAAAGCUAAUCAAUAUUGUGUAUCCUGAAUUUAAAGAUCCUUCAAAGAAACUGCAUUGCUCACAAAAUAGAGCAAUUCUAACUACAAAGAAUAACUUUGUAGAUGAAAUCAAUGAUGAAUUGAUCAAAAAAUUUCCAGGAGAUUUGGCUGAGUACCUAAGCUAUGAUGAAACACUGAAUGAAAAUCAUCAAUCUGAAUACAUUGAUCUUCUGAACACUCUUACGCCUAGCAAUUUACCUCCACAUAGGUUACUGUUAAAACUCAAUGCCCCAAUAAUUCUUUUAAGAAAUCUCGAUCCUGCUGAAGGAUUAUGCAAUGGAACUAGACUGAUAAUAAAGAGUUUGAGCAAGAAUGUUAGUUGUGCUAAAAUUGCAGUUGGUGAUUUUUGUGGCAAAGAAGUUUUUAUACAUAGAAUUUCCAUGCAGCCACCAAGUGAUGAACAAUAUCCAGUUCCAUAUAAAAGAACACAAUUUCCAAUUCGUUUGUGCUUUGCGAUAACAAUAAAUAAAGCACAAGGCCAAACUUUAGAUUUUGUUGGUAUAUAUUUGAAAGAACCUGUGUUUUCACAUGGCCAAUUAUAUGUUGCACUUUCAAGAGCCAAAACAGCUUCGGCUGUAAAAGUCCUUAUCAGGCCAACUUAUUUUGAUGAAUCAUGCACUGAUCAUACUAAAAAUAUAGUAUAUAAAGAAAUUCUUAAAGCUUCCCAGAUUACAUUAUCAGGUCAUCAUGCCUAG